AUGUCAGGGUUCUCAAAUAUAACACCAAGUAAGGAUCGAUUGAACUCCAUAUCUAGACGACCAGCCUCUGUGUCAGGUGCGAACUCUCCGGCCAACGGCAAGCCAUUGAAGUUCAGGCCGAAGGUGGUUGCCAGAAGAACAAAGGAAGAAAGAGAUGCUGAUGCGCCUGUGACAAUUAGCGAGCCCUCAGCCUCUGAUUCUAACAAACAAAGAGGUGGUGCGAGCGUUAGAGGAGGUGUGAGAGGCAGCCGCAGGCGUGGAGGACUCGCAGGCACCCAUGUGGUCUCAGCAGGGCCAUUAUCAGGUGGGUUUGUCUCUAUCAAAUCCGGAAACGGCUCAACUAACUCGUCCUCGUUUGUCAAAAGUGAGUCUUCGGGAACCCCUGACUACUUGAAACAGCUUAUAUCCAAAAAUAAGGAGGGUUCGAGGUCCCGCUCGGUCAGUGUAGGGCCUGGUGGGGAAGAAGAGGAGGAGGAAUUCAUAGAAGAUGAAGGCACUGCUUUGAUAGACAUGAACAAAGAGUAUGAGCUCGAGGAAUCAGAGACGCUUUUGUUUCCUGUGAGGGCUCCAAGACAUGAGCAUGUUGAGUAUAGUGAAGCAGCUGCAAAUGACGCCGUCGAGAAAAGUGAGACCAAUGAAUCUGAAACAGCCUCUGAGGUUGAGUCUAGGUCGGCUAGUUUACAACCGCAAGGAAGUAUUGCUAUCGACCAGAUAGCCGACGAAGAGGAGUCUCUGAACCCGCUCCAGUUUAAGGAAGAACAGGACAGGCUUUUGGACGACUCUGAGAAGUUGAGCAAGCUAUUCACAUCGCGGAUAAAGAUCAAGACCGAGCAAGAUGUUGAUAUGGACCAUCCGCCAAAGCUGGAUAUUCGCGAGGACUUUUUGUUUUUCCAGCUUCCAAAAUCGUUGCUGCGUUAUCAGCAACCAACUGAGGAGACAACAGGACAGGACGACAACGAUAAUGACAAUGACAUGGCAAUCGUGGAAGACGAAGAGAACCCUGCCGGCUUAGAGGAGGUGAAAAAAGAGCCUGUAAAGGAAGUUUCAGGCAGGGUUGGCAAACUGAGAGUGCACAAGUCUGGAAAGGUUACCAUGAAGAUAGGCGAUGUGAUUCUAGAUGUAACCAGGGGAGGUGCUUCUACACUUGUUCAAGAGAUUGUUAACGUUGAUCAUGAGAAGAAACAACUGCACAAUCUGGGGUUUGUGCAGGAGAAGGUGAUUGCUACACCAAGACUGUAUCCUUGA